AAUCAAAAAAUAAAAAAAAUAAAAAAAUGAAAAUGGAGAAACAAAAGGCAUAUAUUGCAGUGAUAGUAUUGCAGUGCAGCUAUGCAGGGAUGAUAUUAUUCUCAAAGGCAGCUAUGUCUCACGGAAUGAAGCCUUCCGUUUUCGUUUCUUAUCGACAGUCCUUCGCCACCGUUGCCUUGCUUCCUUUUGCUUUCUUCUUCCACAAAAAGGGUUGUGCUCCUCUUACAUGGGCUGGAGCUUUCAAGAUUUUCUUUGUUUCUUCAUAUGGGCUUGCAUUGAGUUUUAACCUAAACUUGGCUGGAUUGAACUAUAUUUCUGCAACAUUUGGUACAGCCAUACUCAGCAUAGUUCCUCCAUUGGUCUUCAUUAUGGCUGUUUGUUUAAGGAUUGAAAACUUAGGCAUAAGAAAGUGGCAUGGAAUGGCAAAGGUAUUUGGUACCAUGCUUUGUCUAUCAGGAGCAAUGGCAUUCACUUUCUACAAGGGCCCACCUUUGUAUUCCGAUUCAUCAAAUCCAACGGCCCACAAUUCUUCUCAAAACAGUACUCGCUCUAAACAGGAUUGGAUCAAGGGCUCUGUUCUCGCCAUUUCCGGCCAAUUCUUUUACGCCAUGUGGCUCACUAUGCAGGCCCCACUUUUGAAACAAUAUCCAGGUAAAUUAAGGCUCACAAUUCUGCAGUGUGGAUUUAGUUCUCUCACAGCAACAAUUUAUGGGGCUGCUAUGGAAAGGAAUUUAUCUUCUUGGAAGCUUGGCUGGAAUAUUGAACUUUUAUCUAUUGCCUAUUGUGGGAUAAUUGUGACAGGAUUAAGUUAUUGGUUGCAAGCUUGGAUCAUAGAGAAAAAAGGUCCUGUUUUUAGUGCGAUUUUCAGCCCUUUAGCACUAAUUUUGGCGGCAAUAUUCUCAGCUGUUUUUCUUAAGGAAACUCUUCACUGGGGAAGUGUUUUGGGUGGUGGGCUGUUGAUUAGUGGGCUUUAUAGUUUUCUGUGGGGUAGAAACCGAGAAGCCCGAAUUGGGGCCCAACAGAAAAUGGAUAGUUCAAUUGAGGAGGCCCGUUUUGACGGCAUCGCCACGUCAGCAUCCCAUGAGAAAGAAAUACAAAUGAUUCCGUGAAUUAAUUAAUUAAUUAAUUAAUGGUGGUUGUAUUUCUUAUAACAUUUUGGGCUGUAAAUUAUAUUGUAUUAUGGUUUGAUUAGUUAAUUAAAGUAUUUGUUAAUUUUUGUC